AUUUUUUCCCGCUAUUCUCUCUCUCUCUCUCUCUUUCAUAAAAAAUGCUUAUUACCGAAACUUUAACCACUGAAAAGCUCGCCAAGGUCUUUGACCACGCUAUUCUUCGCCCCGAACAAACCACAGAAGACGUGAUCAAGGGAUGUGAACUUGCUAAAAAGUACAAUUUGGCCUCUGUAUGUGUCAAGCCUUGUGAUGUUGCUCAAGCCAGUGAUUUACUCAAGGACACGGAUGUCAUGGUAGGUACUGUCAUUUCUUUCCCUCAUGGUAAUUCCUCUACUGCCGGUAAAGUGGCCGAGUCCUUGCAAGCCAUUCAAGAUGGUGCUAUUGAACUCGAUGUGGUGUUGAACAUUGGUCAUUUGAAGUCAGGUCUUUACAGCCAAGUGGAGUCCGAAUUAAAGGAAAUCAUUAGUAAAUCCAAGGCUGUCAAGAGUGAAGUGAGCUUCAAGAUUAUUUUUGAGACAGCCUAUCUUACAAAUGAAGAAAUUGUCAAGGCAUGUGAGAUCUCUCAAAAGGCUGGUGCACACUUUGUCAAGACCUCGACUGGAUUUGCCUCUGCAGGAGCAACCUAUGAACAUAUCCAAUUGAUGCGUGCCAAUGUACCUCAAGAGAUGGAAGUGAAAGCUUCAGGUGGUAUCAAGACUUUAGAACAAGUGCUCAAGUUCCUCGAAUUAGGUUCUACACGUAUUGGUUCUUCUUCUUCUGAUGUUAUCGUUGAUGCAUUCAAAGCCAUGCAACAACAAUAAUUAUAAUAAUUAUAGUUUCUUUUUUAUUUCUUUAUGACAAAAAUAAAAAUCAAUGCAAUCAUA